UCCUCAUUCCCUCAUUCCACACCACAACAAAUCCAGCAUGUGAUUUCUCCCUUUGAAGUUUGAAUUAAUCUUGGAAAUACAAGUUUCCUAGAUUGAUAUUUCAUUGAUUUUAUCCACGCUUUCCUCAAAAAACCAUGGUUCUAUCGGAGCAUUUCAUCGAUAAUCCUCUAAACGAGGGAGAAGAUUCCAGCUCGGAAGAUGAAGUGGGCGGGGUGUUUUCAGCUGACUCAGAUGACUCGGACAAUGACUCGUUUCCAUCUGAUGACAGUGAUAUGAGUGAUGAUAGUGACAGUGAUGAUAGUGACGACAGUGAUGAAGAUGAUAGCAUGGACGAUGAUGAUGAUGAGGAUGGUGAAGAAGAAGAGGCAGAAUCGUCAGAAGAAGCUGGACCCUCUGCUAAAAGACUAAAAAAAGAUGAGGGAGCAGGAGAAGAUGAAGAGGAGGAGGAUCCAGUAGUCCAAGCUAUUCUGAGAAACAAAGACAAGAAACGUGAGCGCCCUCCAGAUGUAACAGUCGAAGAACUAAUCACAGACAUUUCUUUCCACCCUGCGGCAGAUAUCAUUGCAACAGGAAACAAUGCCGGGGAUAUUAUUCUGUACAAAUAUAGCACUGAAAGUGUGGAUGUGGUGAAAACAUACGAAAUACAUACUAAAGCUUGCCGUGCGGUUGAAUUUAAUGCUGAUGGUGACACAAUUUUCUCUGCAUCUAAAGACAAGUCAAUAUCCCUGACAGAUAGCGAAAGCGGGAAAUUGAAACAGCUUUAUGAAAAAGCCCAUGAGGAUGAAAUUUACUGCCUGUCAGUACUUCGAGAAAAUAUCAUAGCUACCGGUGAUCAAUCUGGAGUACUCAAAGUCUGGGACAUCAGGACCAAAAGUGAACUCUUCUCUAUCAAAGAAUUAGAUGAUUACAUUAGCUCAAUUAAAGGAAAAGAAGAUAGUAAUAUAAUUGCUUACACAAGCGGAGAAGGCGUGGUGACCGCAGUCAACUUCAACACGAAAAAAUUAGAUUGUCAAACAAAUGCCAUCGAAGCAGAAUUAACAUGUAGUGGUCUUUUUAGAAAUGAAACCAAGUAUGUCGUAGGCUCAUCGUUAGGUGUCUUGUAUAUUUACGACUGGGGCAACUUCGAAGAGCACACAGAUAUCCUGAAUCCAAGUUGUGAAAAAAAGAAGACAGGACCUUCCAUCAGCUGUCUGCUACCGAUCUCAGAAAACGUUGUCCUAACUGGACUUGAUAAUGGUGUCAUAAGGGCUACACAUAUGUUUCCAAGUCAACACUUGGGCAUCGUUGGUCAACAUGAACUAGCAGUAGACUCAUUGGACAUAUCAUACGAUGGUCAGUACGUUGCCUCCAGUUCAGCCGACUUGAAGCUCAGAUUUUGGCCCAUAGCUUAUUUUCAAGAUAUCGAAAUCUCGCACAAAGAUAAGGCAACGAAAGCCAAGAAAAACUUCAAUCUGCCCUCAUCAAAAGCGGUGAACCCCUCUAACUUUUUCUCCGGUCUUAUGUAAGUGAUGUAAAUAUGUACCAUUCGAUUAUAAAUGUUCUUGUUCAUACUAAA